UCCGGAAAAGAAAUCCAUUCACUUCCACAAACGCUUGAAAGGAGCAGAAGACAUUGCCUAUCUAUCCAGAAAGGAAAAGAGAUGAUUCUGCUCACUGCAUUCUUGGGCCUGGUUGCUGUGUUGCAGCAAACCACUGGACAGAGACCAGAUUUUGCUGCCCUGUCAACUGACAAGGCUGAACAACAAAAGGAGAUUGUUGACACGCACAACUCCAUAAGGAGAUGGGUGAGGCCAACUGCUAGCAACAUGCUGAAGAUGGAAUGGAAUGCUGCUGCUGCAGAGUUUGCCAACAGUUGGGCAAAUCAGUGCACUUUUACUAGCAGCCUCCAAGACAGAAGAAAACCUAUGGGCUGUGGUGAAAAUCUUUACAUGUCAAAUACACCCAUUCCUUGGUCAAAUGCCAUUCAAGGCUGGUACAAGAAAGUGGCAAAUUUCUUAUAUGGCGCUGAGCAAAUUGUACCAGGAGCAGCGAUUGACCAAUAUACUCAGAUGAUUUUGUACAAGUCGUACGAAAUUGGAUGUGCGGUUGCUUAUUGUCCUGAGAGUAAAUACAACUACUUUUACGUUUGCCAUUACUGCCCUGUGGAGAACAUCGCAAACUUAAUAAAAACACCGUACAAAUCAGGGACACCGUGUGGCGAUUGCCCUGAUGCUUGUGACAAUGGGCUAUGCACCAAUCCUUGUACGUACAGCGACAUUUACUCUAACUGUCCUUAUCUAAAAAUAGUCUUUGGAUGCAAACACCCCACAGUGAAGAAAAGCUGUCAAGCCUCCUGCCAUUGCACCACAGAAAUAAAAUAACAGCCUCUGGUUUUUCCUUUCUGUGUAAGGACAGCACUUGUAAAAAAUCAGG